AUGAAACCAACCCCCUUCCCUUUCGCCCUCAACAUCGGCACCGACAUCGUCCACCUCCCCCGAAUAACCCGCCUCCUCGCCCGCCCCAACUACCUCACCCGCUUCACGCACCGCAUUCUCCACGCCCGCGAACAACAAGACUUUCGCACGCGGUUCGCCCUUCCUUCUCUCCCUCCCUUAUCCUCCCAAACGCAAACUCCUAACAUAAGUAUAUCCCCCGACAUGACGCGGUGGCUCGCAGGCCGGUUCGCGGCCAAAGAGGCAGCACGGAAAGCGGCGCCCCGCGGCGCGGCGCAUAUUAGCUGGAAGGAUGUGGUGGUUACGGUGGGGGAGGAUGGGGGGAGGCCGGAGGUGGUAUAUUUAGAUGGGGAGGGGGAGGAUGAGGCAGGGAGGGUAGGGAAAUUGUCGAUUUCGCAUGAUGGGGAUGUGACGCUGAGACAAUUGAGGGAUGGGCUAUGGCUGUGUUGGGGUAAUAUUUGGAUGAAGGGAGGCAGCGUGAUCGCCAUCUCGUAUCUGGAAUCGGAGAUGCUGGCGGAGCUGCCGGUCGAGCAGAACAUCCGCGCCAGACUGACUCGCCGCAACAACUCCCUGCUUCUUCACACGGCCCUCUUCACCACCCUCCUAGUAGUCCAGGGUCACGUCUCAGUGAGUUUGUCAGUGGCUGACCAGUUAUAA